AUGAAGACUCAGUUCGUAGUAGCAUACGGGGAUGGGCACUUCCGUCUACUCGAGAGUUCUCCUAUCCCUGUCCCGGCUCGCGAUGCAAGAUCACGAUCGGUUCUUCGCCCACCCGAUAGCGGGUAUCACCAAAACCGAACUUUCAUGGCGAUUACCUCCGAAUCCCUCGAAUCCGACUCUGCAACUUCGGGCCGGAUGACCAAGGAGGAAUUCGAAGCUGUCGUCGACAGCGUCAGAACUGCGAUCGAGCUGGGUGUACACCCGAAGAUGAUAUCGCAGGGUAGCUCGGGAAGUUAUUUUGCAAGAAACAGCCAGGGAAAGGUGGUGGGUGUUUUCAAACCAAAAGACGAAGAACCCUACGCAUCACGAAAUCCCAAGUGGACCAAAUGGAUACACAGAAAUUUGUUCCCCUGCUUUUUUGGUCGGGCCUGUUUAAUUCCUAAUUUAUCGUACGUCUCCGAAGCCGCCGCCUACGUCCUUGAUACCCGCCUGAAAACCAAUCUUGUCCCCUACACUGAUAUCGUUUAUCUAUCGUCGAAAUCUUUUUACUACGACUUUUGGGAUCGCCGGAGUGCGUGGGGUGGUAGAAAGCAGUUGCCGGCGAAAGUUGGAAGCUUUCAAGUCUUCCUGAAGGGCUACAAAGAUGCUAAUAUAUUUCUCCGUGAGCAUCCUUGGCCUGACCAACAUAACUCCGGUUUCUCUGCGGGAGAUGUGCCACGGAAGAAGAGGCGUCCGUGGAAUGAGGCAUGUCGACCGUCCGGCAUCCAGUCUGAUGACGAGGACGAAUACGAAGAGCGCCAAAUUUCCCCAUCUCCUUCAGUAGAAGAAUCCCCUCAUCACCGUUUCUAUUGGACCGAAAACCUCAAGCAAGCCUUCCGCGAGGAGCUGGAAAAACUGGUUAUCCUGGACUAUAUCAUGCGGAAUACGGAUCGUGGAUUGGACAAUUGGAUGAUAAAAAUCGAUUGGUACACUGAGAAUGUUUCUAUCGUCGCUGAGCCGCCCAAGGUAAACGGUACUACCAAUUCAGAUGAGGACGAACAUUCGCCUCCUCCCCAACCAGUUUCUAUAAACUCGGAUCGUUUAGGCUCAGACAUUCAGCAAUAUCGGCGCCAGGAAAGUAUGGUUGCUGUUAGCCGGUCAGGGACGCCGUCAAAUGCACCGGAACUGCCACAUGCCACUAUAUCCAUUGGAGCUAUCGAUAAUAGCUUAUCGUGGCCCUGGAAGCAUCCCGAUGCUUGGCGGAGUUUCCCCUUUGGUUGGCUUUUCCUUCCUGUGUCUCUCAUCGGUCAGCCUUUCUCGCGGAAAACACGAGAUCAUUUCUUACCCCUCCUUACUUCUACCGCUUGGUGGAGCGGAACACAAACUUCUCUACGGCGGGUCUUCAGUCAAGAUUCCGAUUUUCAAGAGAGCAUGUUUGCGCGACAAAUAGCAGUUAUGAAGGGCCAAGCUUGGAAUGUGGUUGAGACACUUAAACAACCAGACCAUGGACCUCUGGAGCUUACACGCAGAACGCGAGUAUGCGUCUGGGAUGACCUAGUCGACAUCCCCAUUGCCAUCCCACUCCGCGUGCCCUCUACCGAAAUGCACAAACGACGCGCGCUAGAUCGUGAGCAGGAGGAAAUGGAUAUCAGCACGGCCAUAUCCUCAGACUCCGGCGCUCAUCGCGAUCUCUUAAACCUAGGCUCACCACCACACGAACUACCAAACCCUAAUAGAUUCGCGUUGUCUCGCGAUGGCAAAAUCCCCAUAGGCACCGGUGGCAGAAGUGAAGUUUCAGGCAGCCCGACUUCGCUCGGUGAUCUCAGCUACGCCAACUUCGACGGGAUCGGAGAAGACGAGGACAGGGACCUUGCAGCGAGCUGGGCCACUGUGCCAGCACCCGCUACUGCAUCGAGCCGAUCGCGGCCCAAGUUAGCUACUGAUUCGAAACAGGCGGCACACAGAAAGAAUGCCGCGUCCAUUGCUCACCGGCGGGGCAGCGUUUCGUUUAUGUUCGGAGGCGAUGACCUUGAAGGCGAUCUUGGUUACGCAGCAGCGGAGGAGAUGGAAGGCAAUGAGCGCAAGGUGAUUGUCGAGAGACUCGAGGCUGUCAAGAGCAAAAACCCCGUUUUCACUUGGUGCUGA